GACCUAUUAAGGGCAGGAGUAUUUAUAGGAACAUUUUAACGUCAAUAAAUCACAUCGAUAUACUUUCUUGUGUCAGCACGUCACGCAAUCUGAUAAAACAACCUCAAGACAAUGUCGAAGCUAGUGUUCGUGGCACUUUUGGCUGUAUUCGCCAUGGCAAAUGCUCGAGGAAUUAUCGCAGAAGGCAACGAUACAAAAAAUAAUGAUAUUGUCUCACUUGAAAAAGAAAGCAGAGUUUUGCUGGAAGUACCAUUGAUUGGAAAAUUAAUUUACAAAUCAUUCAAAGUUGUAUGGUUUUUGCUAACUACAUUCUGCUCAGUGGUCGACUUUAAAUUGGCGGCUUUGGCGCUCGCUGUGAAUCUGGCUCUCUACCUCUUUAGCAACUGCUAUCCUCUGAUUGCAGGGGCAGUCCUCAUGUUCGGAUUCUGUAAGGUGACUGGUCUAUGUAACAAACAUUAUAUCUAUGAGAAAACCGACUCAUUGGCUUAUGCUUCUGACCAUUUGGAUUUGGGAACGUUGAAGUAUGGAGGCCUUUAAAGACCAGUUAUGCCUUUAGAUUAAGACUAAUUUAUUUGACGACUGAUGUACAUAGUUAAAUACAAGUGUUAGCCAUAUUUAAUUUAUUAAAAUAAACGUUUAAACGAUA